GGGGGGGAACCCCGAGCGGUCUCUAGGACCCGCGGGACGCCGCCGGCGGGCGGGGGAGACGAUAAUUUGUUCCGUGGUCAGGAGAACGGUGACUGCGGGCCGUGGAUCCAUUUCACAGGCCUGCCUCCUUGCCCUAACGAUCUUCCUCGUCCCGGGGCCAACUCGGACAGUUUGCUCAUUUAUUGCAACGGUCAAGGCUUGGCCCGUGCCAGCACAGCGCGCGCGCGCACACACACACACGCGCGCGCGCACACACACACGCCAAGGGAAAACUUUCUUUUAAAAAAAUGAAAGCCUAGACGAGCUCUUCCGCGGCCCGGGCGCUGCGCGAGGGGGUUCGGAGCUGCCUCCCUGCGGCAGGAAGUCCCCGCGGGUCGCGACGCCCGGCCCCUGCCAGGCGCCCGCGGGGGAUGGUGCAGCGCCCGCCGCCCAGCCCGAGAGCUGCCGCUGCACCGAAGGCCGGCGAAGAUGGCAGCGCGCCCGCCGCCCGCGCCCCCCGCCCGCGCCCUCCUGCUCGCCCUGGCCGGGGCUCUGCUGGCGCCGCGCGCGGCCCGAGGGGUGAACUUGGGAAGCCAAUUUGUGCCUUCCAUGCAACAGGCCGGGACGAGGGACGGGGAAGGAGCCUAUGAAGUGGUCAGUGUCUCGCUUUUGAACGGAGAUCCAUGGAACCCAAUGAAGACAGCAGACUCAGAGAUUCACCCAGGAGUGUUGAAUUUUCGAAUACAACUGACCAGCAAAGAACUGAUCGUGAACCUGGAAAGAAAUGAAGGUCUCAUCGCCAGCAGUUUCACGGAAACCCACUAUCUACAGGGUGGCACAGACAUCUCUCUCACCCGAAAUUACACAGGUCACUGUUACUACCAUGGGCGCGUGCAAGGCUUUUCUGGAUCGACCGUCAGUCUCAGCACUUGUUCUGGUCUCAGGGGACUCAUUACAUUUGAAAAUAACACCUAUAUUUUGGAGCCAAUGAAAAAUGCAACCAACAGAUACAAAUUCUUCCCAGUGGAAAACUUGCCGGGCACCUGGGGAUCAUGUGGAUCAAAUACAUCGGGCCUCACUCUGCAUGACAGGCUCCCACUGGCCUCCCAGACCCACACAAGAAGGCAAAAAAGAGAGACCCUCAAGAUGACCAAGUACGUGGAGCUCGUUAUCGUCGCCGAUAACCGAGAGUUUCAGAGGCAAGGAAAAGACCUGGAAAAAGUCAAGCAGCGAUUAAUAGAGAUCGCUAAUCACGUUGACAAGUUUUACCGACCACUGAACAUUCGAAUCGUGUUGGUGGGCGUGGAGGUGUGGAAUGAUAUUGACAAAUGCUCCAUAAGUCAGGACCCGUUCACGAGCCUGCAUGAGUUUCUGGACUGGAGAAAGAUGAAGCUUCUGCCUCGCAAAUCCCAUGACAACGCACAGCUCAUCAGUGGAGUUUAUUUCCAAGGGACCACCAUCGGCAUGGCACCCAUCAUGAGUAUGUGCACAGCAGAACAGUCCGGGGGAAUCGUCAUGGACCAUUCAGACAGCCCCCUGGGCGCGGCCGUGACCCUGGCACACGAGCUGGGCCACAAUUUUGGGAUGAACCAUGACACCCUGGAGAGAGGCUGCAGCUGCAAGACAGCCGCCGACAAGGGAGGAUGCAUCAUGAACCCUUCAACCGGGUUCCCCUUCCCCAUGAUGUUCAGCAGCUGCAGCAGGAAGGACCUGGAGGCCAGCCUGCAGAAGGGCAUGGGCAUGUGUCUGUUCAACCUGCCGGAAGUGAAGCAGUCCUUCGGGGGCCAGAAGUGCGGGAAUGGAUAUGUUGAAGAAGGAGAGGAGUGUGACUGCGGGGAACCGGAGGAAUGCCAGAAUCUCUGCUGCAAUGCCACCACCUGUACCCUGAAGCCAGACGCUGUCUGCGCACACGGACUGUGCUGUGAAACCUGCCAACUGAAGCCAGCGGGAACCGCAUGUAGGGACCCCAGCAACGCCUGCGACCUCCCGGAGUUCUGCACGGGGGCCAGUCCUCACUGCCCGGCCAACGUGUACCUGCACGAUGGGCACCCGUGCCAGGGGGUGGAUGGCUACUGCUACAACGGCAUCUGCCAGACCCACGAGCAGCAAUGCGUCACCCUCUGGGGGCCAGGUGCUAAACCUGCCCCCGGGAUCUGCUUUGAGAGAGUCAACUCCGCAGGUGACCCUUAUGGCAACUGCGGCAAAGAUUCCAAGAGCUCCUUUGCCAAGUGCGCGAUGAGAGACGCUAAGUGUGGAAAAAUCCAGUGUCAAGGAGGUGCCAGCCGACCAGUCAUUGGUACCAAUGCUGUUUCCAUAGAAACGAAUAUCCCCCUGCAGGAAGGAGGCCGGAUUCUGUGCCGUGGGACCCACGUGUACUUGGGUGAUGACUUGCCGGACCCGGGGCUCGUGCUUGCCGGCACAAAGUGCGCAGACGGAAAAAUCUGCCUGAAUCGUCGGUGUCAGAAUGUCAGUGUCUUUGGUGUGCACGAGUGUGCGGUGCAGUGCCACGGCAGGGGGGUGUGCAACAACAGGAAGAACUGCCAUUGCGAGCCCCACUGGGCGCCUCCCUUCUGCGACAGGUUUGGCUUCGGAGGGAGCACGGACAGCGGCCCCGUCCGGCAAGCAGAUAACCAGGGUUUAACGAUAGGAAUUCUGGUCACCAUCCUCUGUCUUCUUGCUGCUGGAUGUGUGGUUUACCUCAAAAGGAAGACGUUGAUACGACUGCUGUUUACAGAUAAAAAGAACACCAUCGAAAAGCUGAGGUGCGUGCGCGCUUCCCAGCCCCCCAGGGGCUCCCAGCCCGGCCAGGCCCACCUCACCCACCUCAGCAAAGGCCCGAUGAGGAAGCCGCCACCUUCCAGCACACCUAAGGACAACACCCGGAGAGUGCCGCCGUGUCAGCACGUGGACAUCAGCAGACCCCUCAAGGCCCCCGACGCCCCUCGGCCGAGUUCCCCGCAGCGAGGGCUCCCACCCCUGCACCAGGCUCCUCGCGUGCCCUGCGUCCCUGCCAGACCCCUGCCGGCCAACCCUGCACUCAGGCAGGCCCAGGGAACUCGUAAGCCAAGCCCCCCUCAGAAGCCGCUGCCUGCAGACCCUUUGAGCAAGACGGCUCGCCUGGCCAGCGCCUCAGCCAGGUCCCCAGGACGGCAGGAGUCCGCGCUCCGCCUGGCGCCCAUCAGACCUACUCCGAAACAGCCCCAUCCAGUGCCCAGACCCGCCCCCAUCGCCUACGCUAAGUGAGAAGCAAGCCGACACCUUUGUUCAACAGUGAAGACACAAGUUUGCACUAUCUCUCAACUCCAGCUGGAGGUUUUUUUUUUUUUUUUUGUACCAACGUUUAGAAUUGUUUAAUUUUUCAAACACCGUGAUUUGAACGAACCUUGAGCUGCUGCCGUCGGUGCUGUGCUGUGCUAUGGUGCUCUGUAUACUUACUUGCUCAGGUACUUGUAAAUUAUUAAUUUAUGCAGAAUGCCUUUUACAGUGCAGUGCGCUGUAGUGGGCUUUUAAAAGAAAAAAAGAAAAACCCAUCACUGAGUUUUCCAUGGAAGGAAGGCUUGUUGUGCUUUUAAUAGUUUAGUGAACUUGAAAUACCGUGCUCUUUGGGACUCUGGACAGGAUGUUAUUUCUGAUGGAGGCUUCAUGAAGAGGGCAUUUGCCCAGCUUACCCAUGGCACUGGUUCUGGUACCAGACACCAAACGAGAGACCCCAGGUAGAAGGCCUGCUCUGAGGCCAGAGCCUGGCUUCAGGUCCAGGCUGGGCUGGGCCUCCAGGGAUAUUCUGGACACUGUCACAGAUGACGGGCUGGCCCACCAGGGUUAUCCCUGGAAGCUCCAGGGAUCGCAGGGAAGGACCUGGCUUCUAGCCAGGGGGCUCCGGAGAGAGCCUGGAUCCUGGAGAGGAAUUUUAAGGUGUGGCCACUGUAGGAGACAGACUUGGAACAUGAGGCCAGGCAGACACUUGACCUUGAGCUCACCAGCCAUGAGCACAUUUGGAGAGCAGGCUGAGAAGUUUGCUUUAUAGAAACACCAAGAACUUCUUUUCCUGGCUGCCCUUUGUGGAGCGCUGGCAUCAGCGCCUUAUUUAGAUUGGGAAAGCUGGUGUUUCUACAAGACAGCUACUGCCUGAGCCCUGCAAACCUCCGUCUUCCUGUGCUGUUUGGAGCUGAACAAAUUACCACCUUGUGUUCUUGACUGUAACACAAUGAUACUGUGUUCCGACAGACAGAUGAGGCUUUCCACGGGAGCAUAACUAUUUUCAGAUGUGAACCUGUAACCAGAUCUAGUGAAUCAAUUCUGGAGAUAAAAAUCUCCUUUUAUUGCAAGGUUCAGCUUAUUAAAAAUUAGGCAGAAUCCAUGUGCUUGCAAAAACUGCAGCCAAAUGGAAAGCUGUGUUCACUGGGACAGGUUGCGGUCUGCUGUCUUUGUUAGGAUAAGUUGGACAAAGAACCCUAAGUUACUAGUAAGUUCUCUGUGGGGCAUCUUGUUUUCCCACCUUGGCUACAGGAAUCUUUCAGAGAUGUUUUUAGCAUAAAGUCUGGAUCUGUUUCUUGAGCUUUUACAAUUUACCUGUUGAGCGUCAAAGUCCUCACAUUCACGCUCAAUAUUCAUGAAAUGCAGUCUUGAGCAGCAGACUCUUCGGAUGUCAGACGGGAGCCAUUUUCACAAGGAGAUCUUGAAGAUGCCUGUACCUAAUGGCAUGAAAAUUACAAAAUUACUCAGACAAGGUCAAAUGCUAUUAUGCCUGUCUUCUAGUGGGGUCCUAUGUGGCUAGUUUUCACAUUAGAAGGCAAUUGACAACGGUUCCAUAAUCCACUCUGUUUUGUGAUAAAGCUUCAUCUGGGGUCAUUUCCAUGGUUUUUCUAUGCCUUGAAGCAGAAAGACAAAACGUACCAAGAAUCUUGGUUUGCCUUCAGGAAAACAAGAGUGCAUUUAACUCGGAGUUCCCACCGUAUCUAGGCAACAUAGCAUUCAGGAUCAUGGAUAAACUCAAUAAAUCCAUGUCACACACACACAAAGGGAACACGACUCUAAUACAUUCCAACUCUUAUAGCAUGCAAUUUGUUCAUUAUGCAGUUAUUAUUUUCUUAAAACUAUAAAGCCAUGUUAGAAAAUAUUACUGCUGAUGAGUAUUUACAGAAUUACUGUACCUAGCAUUAUAUCUGGUAAUUGUAUUAAGGCCAAAAACAUAUUCUAUGGGAAAGUUUACAGCAUUUUUAUGGUGCAUUAGGUGGGUAUUAUUUUUAUAGACACCCGAAUCCUUGGAUCUGGCAUUGUAGCCCCUUCUGCUAGUGCAGGGAAGAGGGUGUGAACUUUUUUCGUCUGUCCUUAACUAGAAUUCCUGUGCUUCUAUUUCAGAGAACCAGGAAUAGUUUGGUAUUAAAAGAGGUUAACGCUGUGAUCCUACAUGUCAUCAUCAGUAGCCACUUGGCCACAGCUGAUGACACAUUUUUCUCUCUACAUACGAAGUGCAUUUAUAGAGCCGUGCAGUUCAUUUCUGGAAAAGAACAUAUUUAAACCUGACACCCCCGUACAGUACACAGGGCAUGUUAUUCAAGGAACAGUACUUCCAAAUGCAGUAUUUAGCAAAUGAAGCAUAUUCAGCAAUAACUUUCAUUUUAAUAUAACUUAGGAACCAAGAGCCAGUUUGCUUGGGGGAGGGGAAGAGGUAUUUCUCCCCCUUUUUAUAUCCUCCUAGAUGAUAGAAAUGAAAAUGAAUACUUAUAUUUCAAUGACCGUCUAUUUUUAAUAUUUUUUUAAGAUUGUAUGGGCAUGAAUACUAGAGUUGAUGUGGGUUUAGGUGGCCUAGGCUGAGAGUCCGCACGCCUCGACGCAGAGUCGGCCCCUAAGGGUAGUCACUCUCCUUCCGUCUUACUAGAGCUGCAGGUCACACGGCCCCACUUGACUGGGAAGUACAUGGCUAACCCGCCAGGCAUUCUACAGAAAAGCUGAUUUCCUGAAAUUUUGUGUAACCGUGUACUUUUCCUGACACAUGGACUCAGAUGUGUAGCAACCGAGAGAAACAGCGCGUAAUAUUUUCCAUUGUCAAACUGUGCAUCCAGAGACUGCCCUUCCUCGUAUGAACUCUCCAGCUUACAAUGUGGGAUGACAUCACAGAGAUCACAAGAGCAGCAAAUUAAACUACACGAGGUUAAGUACUCCCAACUAGUCUCAAAGGGGACCCUUUUUAUGCCUUCUUAACUGUAUUAGGAAUUCUCAGGCUGAAACCAGAGGCCAUUGUUCCCUGGCAAAUCAGUACAACAUAUCCAUAUCUCCUCUGAAAGAAAAACAGCUCAGACCCUGCUCUGUGGCAGACUCUUCCUACGAGACUGUGAUCUCCCGUGGUGCUAAACAGUGCCUGGUGCUGGGCCAACUCGAAUGCUCAAGUGUCUUCCUGCCAUCUCUCAACUGCUGUUUACAAGCAUUCUGAGCCACUGAGAACCCCAACAACCAGGAGGGUGCCAUACCUGGGCAACAGCCUGACCCCCCUGCCAGGCUCUCGGUGUGAAACUUAUUUAAGACUCUUGCCCUGGAGGGCUCCCUGGGGUGUUUGGGGAGCAGAAAGCCCUAGGGCAGGCAGACUCAACCUGGAGAUCCUUCUUCACUGUUAGGACCCCAAGCAAACACAAGUCACCCCGGUAAACGUCACACCCAGAAGUCUCUGCAGGGCCAGUGCUGGCCCCCAGGGGGGACCCGGGCUGUGGAUCCGCCCCACACAAUGGCUGGCUGGCGGGAGCCUGAGGUGUGCCACCUCAUCUCCCCAAGACUCGAGAGAGAGGGCCGUGAACACAUCUGGACAUAGGCGGCCUCGGCUAGCACCUAUCAUCAGACCCAAGUUCCUUCCCCAGCCCUAACCCAGUCUCUGACACAUCUCUGCAGUUUGGUGGCUGCCCCGCAAGUCCACCCAAAGCCCAGCCUUCUCCAGGGCCACAGCUGGGAGCAACCCUGCCCACUCCCCACUCCCUCAACCCGCCACCCCAGCAGGGAAUCCAAAAGCAUCCUCCCCCACCAGGCACCUCCCACCUAAAGACUUACUCUAAUUAAAAGGGAGAGUUGGCCAUAGGAACUCAGUUUGCCUGUUAUGACCGAAAGUCUCUCGACUCACUCUCCAUCCCUUUCUUUUAAACCUGUUUGAAAACUCUGAUGGUCAUAUGAGUAACAACAAGCUAAAGAAAAGCCUGAGAACCAUUUCUGUGCAGCGAUGCUUCCAAAUCCACUGACCUGCACAGGAAUGGACCGUCUGUCUGCAUUUCAUAAAGCAAACCCCCUCUUUUCUUUGGGGACACCGUGGCAGAGCCCAGCCAGUAAGAGCCUGAUCCAUAUGAGACACCAGGAGGAGAAACCCUGCGUAUAAAACUGUCAUAAUAGCCAACAAUCGAUCGUGAUAGCUGGAAGAGUUAAUACACAAAGGAAUGUUCGGUACUCUGUAACCAGCCCUGAUUUUUCCACCUCCUCUUCAGAAGUCAUUACCUGUGAUACUCCUUCCAUGAGAUAAUUUUUUUUAGCCCUCAAUUUAGCACAUUUUAAGUCCAGACAAAAGGAAAAAAAAAAUCUCAUGUGAUCAUUUUAGUUUUGCAAAGAAGUGGACUGUUACCUAUGGUUAUGGCCUAUAAGCAAGUACUUAAGUGGGAAGGACAGUGAUAGAGAAAAAAAAAAAAAUACAUCGAACUAGAAAGAGAAAAUCCCUUAAGAGUCCAUGGAGGGCGAGCAACGUCAGAGUUCGCUGCUCUUGUGUGCCCUCUGUCAGGUCAAGUGGGGAGGUUUGAAGGAAAGUGCACUGUUUGAACGUGUGUGUUUCAGAAGAACUCUCUAAAACCUGGCUACAGGCUAUGCAGCACAGUACAAAGUUACAGCUACUAAACCAGUACGUUCAUUUUUAUAGUGCUUCGUCCAUGUAUCAUGCUUUGGUUGCUAAUCUUUUUUUCUCACUUACCUUUUUAUGUUACAGUCUGUUACCUUUGUACACGUUUCUCAUAUCGGGGGGUCUACAGGUAACACAACUUGCUAUUUCCAUAGAAAAAAAAAGUCAUUGUUACGAAUAUUAUAUCCAAUAAAUGGUAUACAGGUCAAUAUAAA